UCCGACUUAGGCGCUGGAGAAGGGGAGGGGGGAAAAAAACCUCGUCCCCCCCGCCCACCGCCCGGGUGAGGAGAGGGGCGGUGAGCAGCAGCCCCGCCCCGCCGCUUUCUGUCCCCUCUCCCGCGCCGUACGGCCGGGCGCGCCGGCUCCAUCCGCUGGCAACUUUGUAGCGCGGGGCGCGGGCGGCGCCGCCGCUGCUUUGCGCUCACCCGGGGGGUGAGGGCCGACCCCUCCGGUCCCGGGCCGGCGAGCCCUCCCCGCCAUGGCCGGCAUCGGCAUCGACCACUCCAAGCUGCCCGGAGUCAAAGAAGUGUGUCGAGACUUUGCUGUACUGGAAGAUCAUACCUUGGCCCAUAACUUACAGGAGCAAGAGAUCGAGCAUCACUUGGCAACAAAUGUUCAGCGUAAUCGUCUGGUACAACAUGACUUGCAGGUGGCCAAGCAACUGCAAGAGGAGGAGGAUCUGAAAGCACGUGCUCAAAUCCAGAAACACCGAAAAGACUUAGAACGACAGGACUGCGAGAUCGCUCAGGAAAUCCAAGUGAAGCUGGUAUUUGAAGCGGAGCAGCGCCGCAGGCAAGAGGAAAAAGACGAGGACAUUGCCCGUCUCCUACAACAGAAAGAACUGCAGGAAGAAAAAAAGCGCAAGAAGCACUACCCAGAAUCCCAUGGACACGCAGGCUAUGAAGAUAGCUAUUAUGCAGAAAAUGGAGAGCACCCCUGGGGUGACCCCAGAGAGCAGGUUUCUGAGCCUCGCAGGGCACGCAGUGGUGACAGGCGCGCGCACCGGCAGAGAGAGCACCAAGAAGCACCCUCACCUUUGUCCGGUGCUUCCGAACACGAGCAUUCCACCUCGGGGGAUCAUCGGAGGUCUCCUCAACUGAGUGGGGCCAGCAGUGGCCAUCAGCAGGAGUGGAAAUCAGCCAGCCAGGGAAGGUCCAGGAGACAUCCCAGCCUUGACCUGGAAAGAGAAGCUGAGCAUGGCGCCUGUGACCACAGCAAUAGCUGGGAGCUGCGGGAGAGGAGAGCGGCUGGCAGGGAGAAGGCUCGGAGACCUCUCAGUCUUGAUCUGGAGUCAGAGCGUGGACUUGCAGACCAGGCACGGCACAGCAGAAAGCCAAUAAGGCAAGACAGAGAAAAGCACCUUCCUCUUCUUGAGAUGGAACUGGAGGCUGAGCAGGAGACCUGGCAUCGGGGUGGCAGUCAGCUGGUGCACCGUGAAAAACACAAAUCUCGUCAUCAGGGCCACUCAUCGCGCAGGAUGGUGCGUGACGAGAAUCUCCAUGAUGUUGAAUCUAGAGGUGAUCAUAGGAGGGGUGAGGAGAGAGACUGCAAAAGGGCAGGACGCAGGAGACGCUCCCCCUCCCCACACGCUGUGACCCAGGGGAAGGUUGGAGAUUGCCAGCGAGACUCAGGCACUAAGCUGAGGGGGACGAACCAAGCCAUGUAUGAUACACCCCGAAGGGAACAGGAGUUGUCUGAUGCAGAGAUUGCUCGGAAGCUGCAGGAGGAAGAGCUCCUGGCUAACGAGGCAGAUCAAAAGGCAGCUCAAGUAGCCCAAGACGAGGAAAUUGCCCGACUCUUGAUGGCUGAGGAGAAAAAGGCUUUCAAGAAAGGGAAGGAGAGAGAAAAGUCUUCCUUUGAAAAGAGGAGGCAUGAUCAAGACUGGAAGCAUGAUGCAAGCGAGUCCACACGCUCAAGGUCAAAAGAAGGGCCUGAAACUCAGCGACACAAAGGCGACAGGUCUUCAAGCAGGUCACAGCCUGUCCUCGAUGACUUUGAACAUGCUCGAUAUUACACAAGCCAGCCCAGCCCCUUGCGCCAGACCCCCAGACCUGAGCACUCUCCUAAAGGUUCCCGUAGGAAGCAGUAAACUGUGCUAGCCUUUGCUUUGGUACUGACUGUUCUGUAGCAAACAUUACUGGAUUUGCCAGGCAAUUUUCUUGAUUCUUUACCCAAUGGGAGGUACACCCUCCACUCCCAGGAUCUCCUCUUUAAGUGUCAUCAUAUUAAUAAGGAACACUUGUUUCAAUUUCUUACUCCUGUGUGAUCACUUCAGCAGUGCAGUAUAAUCUAGCCGCCACUGAGCUGUGUGAAUCCACUAGCUGAUUUAACAGCUCCCUCUUAGAUUGUUUUGAGUCUUUCCUCUUAUUUUUAAGCUUUGGCUGGGAGCUUUGACAAAUAGGCAUGCACAUACAACAGGGAGGAAAAUCCAAGAAAUGAGUUGGAUUAUGGCAAUGCAGCAGAACAUCAGAAGUACAAGUCCUUUCCCUGUUAGGAUGACUUAGCAAAGAGAGUUACAAGAGGAAAUGUGUUUCUUCCUGUGCUGGAUAAGACAGCUGAGCCAACCUGACAGAGUCAAGCUAGCUUGCAGAAAGGAGAGACUGUCUUCGUAAUGUACACCAGCGAAAGCCAGAACCUGGGAAUAGUGAGGAAGAAAUUGCUAAUAGAACAAAAUUUCUUAACCGCUGUAUUUCUUACUAGGGUUUCCAGCAAUUUGGGUAGAGUGUGUAAGAAGGCAUUCAGCUCCAAGAUAUAGGAUAGAACAGUUAAGAGGAAAUACAAUUUCAGCUGAAAUUAGACCUUGCGUGCAUGACUUUUAAGACAUGCCAGGGAGUUGAUGAAGCUGUGAGUUGUGGAUUGGGAAGAAUCACACAAGCAGAUUUAAAUGCCUGAAGGGAUCUCUGUGGUCACCUGCUUUGAGCUUUGGUGUGGUAGAAGCCAAGGAAUUUCACUGAAGCCAAGUAGGAACUACAGUAACUCCUAGCUCUGUUGCUGAUGCACUUGAGUACAGUAGCUUGUGUGUGAACCUGCAUAUGUCUUGGAGACGUGGGACUGAAGGAGGGCCAUAUGGGCAUUGAGCGCUGAAUCCUACAUCUACUGUUACAGACAACUCUGAGCUAGACGCAGAAUGCCGAACAGUCCACACAGUGUCUGUGCUGACUGCCUCCCCUCUACGCUGCUCCUGUCCAGCACCCCAGGCAGACUCCAGUCAGGAUAAAACUAUUGCUCUCUAGAGCAUAGGAGGGUCUGUGAGAAUAAGUUGUCUGUAUAGAUUUGCCCAUGCAGUGAUUUUUUUUUUUCCAUUUGAUGGCUUGUUUUUCCUCUGCUAUUUAAAAACCAUUCUUCUCUUGCACAAACAAGUAGCCAUUUCCCUUGGCCUCCUCUCAUUUCAGUUCUUUUAUCUUGUUAAUAUUUUUUUCCAUUUUUUCAAGUGCAUUUUUAAACUGCAGAACCAAGCAUCUGGACACUGGCUCGGACUUUGUUCAUCCAGUCCAGGCUGGUUAUUCAUUUGGCAGUCUAGUUCACAGCAGCAAAGCGUGGCUGCAUUGCCGCUGCAGCCCAGCUUCCUUAUUGCCCGACCCCGAGUCUGUCCUUCGCCUUCUGCUGGCAGCUGCAGCUCUGCUGAGGAGGGAGGCAGAUCUGUGACUCACCCUCAUCACCAGUCUGCCUGGGCAAGUGGCCGGACAGCUCUGUAGAGCUCUGUGGAGAGCACAUGCUGGUAUAGAGCACCGAUAGGAAAUCGGAAGAGAUUUUGGCUCUCUGCUCUUGUGCUGAUGCACAAUUCAAGCUCCAAGGCAGCUGUAAGGCUUUACCCUUGGCUGUUGUCCUUGGUCAGGAUAGUUACUGAGGCAAAUCACUAGGAAGACAGGGCACCUUCGUCACCUAAGUUGCAAGGACAUCUUUAAUAUCACAGCAUAAUCCCUUGCCUUGCCUUGACCAGCAACUCAAGAAACCCAUCUCCUACCCCCACUGGCUGUUGGCUGUUCUUCCUACCUUCACUACCUGUGAAGAACCAGUUAACCCCUGACAGACCUCUGCUCCAGGCAAACACUAGCCAAAAGUUCUGUAACAUAGGACUUUGUGCAUUGGCAGCAUCCCGUUAGCUGCCUACCCUUGCUUCCAGACCGUGAGCUUGCUCACCUGCAUGAACCCUUAAGUGACUCGCGAGCUCUUGCUUGCUGCUGCUUCUCAGGAAAUAUCCCAGCCAGCGGCUAGAUUUUAUUGUCCUUGCCUUGUUCCCUCUUCUAGUUCCAUCUCUGUCCAUUCAGAAGUGUUAAUGUUGUUUUAAAGGAUCUGGAAAAAAACAACAUAGACUGUAUUUUUUUUUUUAUUUGAUAACUUGGGCCAAUGUGGCAACCUCGUCUGCAAUUAUUUUAUUUUGUAAAGAUUUAUUUUUGUAUUUCAUGUAACAGUCAAAAUUUCUACUGCUAAAAAUGCCAUUUUUUUCCAUGGGUUUUUCCCCUCUGUUGCCAUCAGAGUAUUUAUUGUGAAAUGGAUGCCUGGUGGGGUUUUAUGAACUAAUACUUUCUACAAAUACCCUAGUCCAGGCCCGGCUGCUUGUAUCAUCUGGUGCACUUGUGAAAACCGGGUGGGGGAAAACCCUGCCAAAUCAGAAAGUGGUUGUGCUUUGUUCUCGCUGUGCAUGGGGAAAAAUGGUCACCCUCUGCACAAGGCAAGGGGAGAUCGCCGGCGGGGCAUUCAGUGCUCCCUGGGCCUCUGUAGCUGGCUGCGAUGGGCUUUCCUGUGCUGCAGCUGGCUGAUGCGGCUUCUGUCUGUCUUUAAUCAGAAAAGUCACGAAGGCCCUGAGCCUGCUGACAUUUGAAGAACCUGUUAAUUCAGGAGGCAUGCUUAGUAGUAUCCAAGUUCUUGACUUCAAUGGGAGCGAGUGGAAAUUAUAUGGGAGAAAACUCCGGUUGAUUUUGUCUGGAAGCUGGGUAAAGUGUGUGAACACCUCAGUACCUAUUCUGUGGAGCUGCAGGAUCUCCUUAAUGGCCUCCUCAAGCCAGCCAAGCUCUCCAGCCAUGGCACCAAGAGAUGAGAGCCCAAGGGAAGGAUCCCAGGAGCAUCUGCUGCUUCCUUGCAUGCCUUCAGGGAGCACUGAAUGCUUUAUGGGCUGCUUUGCUCUAGUCCUUACCUUUUUAUUCACUUGCUGUCCCUUGCAAGUGUUUCUCCUCCCGUUUUAUUUUUCUGUAGCCCUUGUGAAAAGGGAGCCCUGAGAUUUUGUUAGAAGGGGCUGACAGCUGUCUCCAGAGAGGGGGGAAAUGCUACAAAUGGUAGCCGAGGAAAGCAUGUAAUAAAUGAGGUAUAAACAGAGCGGUUGUUCUUCUAAUAUCCUGUGUGGGCCUCAUGCAGUCAGCAGGUUAGAGACUUCCUGAGGCAAAGGUUGCAACCGGACUUGUAUGUUUGCUAACCACUUUUGGAAAGGGAUUCCAUGGUCCCAUUGAAGUCAACAAGAGUUAAGAUCAUGGAUGAACAAGCAACCAAUUCAUCUUCGGGCUCAGCAGCCACCGUUCUGCUGAGAGUCAAGAAGAUGCAGCUGUGUAGGCGAGAUGCAAAAUCAGCACCUUGCUUGUGUGUCCCUGGAAAGAGGCACAAUGAAGUUGAUCUUUUAAAAAGAAACAAUCAGAGCAGUAUUUCCUUUCUAUGACAGAAAAAUGUUGAAGUAACUUUAUUUUUUCCUUGUCUUCUCUUGCCAAGUUUCAGUAGCUUUGCCUGUAGUUUUGCUCUGGAUUUAAUAGCAUGUCGGAGCCCUUGCUGAGACCCUUGCCCAGGUCAUUCAGGUCUUGCGUCCCUUUCUGACUCUGUGCAUAAACAAGGCAACAGGCACCAUGUGGAAAAUUCAUCACCAUGAAAUCCUGGCACUUCCUAAUCUCCGUAGUAGGCACACCUCACCAGCAAGAGCUCUCGCCACCUCCUCGUCUCCGUCCGAAGCACAAUGGUCUGCAGAAGAGAGGUUGGGCGAACCCGAGUGAUCGUGCCUUACAUGCAGGGAUACUCGAUGUCUUCAGGCUGAUCUGAGUCACCUUGCUAUGAAACACUGUCUUAAUGUGGACUGUACAGCUUCCUGCAGUGCGAAGCGGUGGUGGUCACGUGGAUAGACCCGACAGGCUAAUCUCAUCUUUUUUUAAAAGAACUUCAUGGAUUUGAACUUAGUGGGGGUGGGAAAACAGCAGCUGUUAGGGGAUAGAUGAAGUCUCAUCAUUGAAUUUCUCCCCUUGGGGAGGAAGGACAGAAGCUACAAAUGCUGCAGUCUGCUUCACUCUGUAAAAGGGAUCUUGUAUGUACAGUAUUUUUAUAUCUCUGCAUUCCCACCUGUCAGGAUUUGAAUCAGGAUUAAUAACAUUCUCUUAGGGGCGAAAAUAAAGGGAUUUUUACAGUGCUAGACCUUUGUGCAUUUUUUGUGCCAAAUUACAGCCACUGUUACAUUCUGGUGUUUUCAUUCAGUUUAUUGCUAUUGAUCAAUGUGUAUAUUAUAUAUUUUUAUUAUCAAGGAUUUUAUUUUAAUUCAUAUUAACCUGUAUGCAAACUAACUGUGGAUUGCUAAUUUAUAUAUAAAGGGGAGUACUUGGAGACAGUGUGAGGAUUCCCCUACUUAGUUUACACUCUUGUAAUCUAGUGCAGCCAGUCCAUGAAACUCAUCGCUUCUUACACGGAAUGAUCUCCUGGGUGUCUGUCACCCCAAGCAGAUUGCUCCUGCCGUUCCUCCGGGCAGCGCUGAUGCUGCAAGGCUGUGAGGGAUGCAAGAGGAAAUGAAGCACAGCUCAUAGCAGGGACUGAUGGGCGACCGAGCUCUCUGCUGUCCUGCUCCUGGCAGCGAUGUCAGGGAGGGCGUCACUGUCUGGGGCUGACGUUGAGGGUUACUCUGCCCUGUAUCCAUCCCCAGCUGACGGACAGUGUUGGUUUUGCCCCACUCUCUCAAGAUGCUCAGUGCUUAGUUUUGGCAGGUGGGUGUGGGAUAGAGCGCAGAGGCACACCAGUGCCCCUCGCAUGAAGUAUAGCACGGCCACCUUGUGUCUUUUUUUUGUUUCGGAGGACAGGCAUAAACCUACAGAGAUCCCAGUUUACUAUACUCUUUAAAAUACGUGCCGCAGCACACUUCUGGCCGUGUAAAUCUGCUCUGGCUGUGCUGCCCGCAAGUGCCGCUUGGACUGCUAUGCCCAGGACAGGCUGCAGGACGCAGGUUUUGUGUUGAGAAGCUGCACUGCCCUCAGCUUCUGGGCUGGAGAUAUCAUCAGCCACCUCUUCCCCGUGAGUAACACAGGGCAAGGCUUAGCUGUGCAGUUUGGGCUCUUCCAGGAGAGUCCCAGAGAGGACAGUGGCACACGCAAAUGAGUAUUUUUCUACUUUACAGUAAACAAGUUCCACUGUAUCAGUGUUCACUCUAAGUAGACUCCACGGUGUGUCUCCACCUGCAUCUGUGCACUGCCAUAUAGUUAACUGCCUCAGAAAUAACUGCAAUUGUCUCAUUUAGCUCUCCAGGAUAAACUGUCAGCCUGUUGAAUCUAAAUAUUAGCCAUGUGAUGAGAUGGAUUAGUCAGAAGGCUUAAAUUCUUCAGAGCCGCAAGCAUACACUGCAUUGCAACAGCUAAUCCUUAAAUAUAAAGUGCGCACUGACAAUAAUCUGUCUAUGCAAGCCUAGUUUUUUAUCUUAUUUUUGACUGUUCACUCUAUAAUUUUAUCAGGUUUGGCAUAACUUCUGAAUGACAUUUAACCAAAGUAUCAUGUCUGUGUGUGUAUAGCAUGUUUUGCUUCAUUUUCAUGAAUUCUCAUUGAAUGUAAAGGGAACAUUGCCUUGCCCCAUUUUGUUCAAUAAACGCUGUAUUUUGUUAUCCACCACA